CCAUCAGGUGGCGCAAAGGCAUAGAUGUGACGAAUUUGUAAGUAUUAAGUCAUUUAUUUAUUUACAUAGCCAAAAAACGGACAGCCCUCUGAGGACAACCCAUUUAAAAGAUGACUGUGAUGAAAAACAAUUAGUUCCUCAGUUAUUAUUUGAAGAGCUUUUACAGAGGGAAGGUUUGAUGGAACUAUAAAAGAUCUUGAAGGCGAAUUUUAACGGAGCAUUAUUAGGGCAGACGGUCAGUGAUCUUCUGUGUGCGGAUGCACUGCGCGCUUCGCUUUCUGAUGAGGCAUCCUCGGCUCUACAACACACAGAUCCUGUAAAGAUGGAGUUUAGCGAGAGGAAAAGAAGAAGGAAAUCUCAGAGCUUCAAACUGGUCCAUGAGCAAGAGCAAGAUUUUGACGCAAGGAGUUUUGACAAUGCCAUCAAUAUACAUGUCAAUGGAGCAUCAAAAGAUACUGCAAUGCCAGAAGCCUGGUUGGGUGAUGAGGGUGUGGAGAUUAAGAGACAGAUCACAGGCAUGAUGCGUUUGCUGAGUGACAAGGCCGGCCGGAUGUACCAGCGUGUGGGAGCAGAGGGAAACAGCCUCAAACAGGAGCCCCAGGAGGAGCACCUGAGCUGGGCGCAGCCUGCUGCUUUGCCCCCAGACCUGGAGGACCCCCAGAUCAGUGUCUGGAGCUCAGCAGGGGAAACAGAGCCCAGUCCCAUGUCUAUACCCAAUCCAGUCCCCAACGGCCAGGGGUCUGGCCAAUACGGCACACGCUCCAAGACCCAGAGGAUGCUCAACACAACCACCAAAGGCACAGUCAAAACUAAUGAUGAGGCUCCUGCAGUGGUCGAGGCUCCCUGCUGUAUGUGUAACUGUAAGAGCACCUUACAGGCCAUUCUACAGGAGCUACGCACCAUGAGGAGGCUAAUGCAGACACAGAAAGGUUCCCAGGAGAAGCAGGAGCACAGGGCCCCUCCCUGCCCCCCUUGCCCUGUUCCUACAGCUUCGCGUCGCAGACCCCGCAAGAGACGUCCUGUCCACAAGGUUGCUCCACUGAGCGCACCCAGCAUGAGGGCAGCUGUUCCCCCUCUCCCCCCCUCAUCCCCCACCUGUGUACCCCUGGAGUCCGGGGGAAGGAGGGAGAGGGGGAGCAGAGAGCUGGAGAGACCUGUGCACACCCCUGCCUCACCCUCUAUCUCCACCUCACCCGAGCUCUCAGUACAAACCCUGUCCAUGCAGAACAAGCCCAUCCCUGGUGACGACACACACAAUCCUAACUAUAGACAACCCAAAGGUCUUCAAACCUCAGAGAGUGAGGUGCGUCUAGCGGAGGACUAUGAGGUGUUUAUUCCCAAGGCCCAGCUGGACUCAAUCCUGGUCAACUACACACGCUCUGGAAGCCUGCUCUUCAGGAAGUUGGUGUGCGCCUUCUUUGACGACACCACGCUAGCUAACUCACUGCCCAACGGCAAGAGGAAGAGAGGUCUGAACGACCAAAGGAAAGGACUGGACCAGAACAUUGUGGGAGCCAUUAAAGUGUUUACAGAGAAGUACUGCACAGCUCACAGAAUAGAGAAGCUGCCAGGCCCUCGAGAUUGGGUCCAGAUACUACAGGACCAGAUCAAACUUGCCCGCAGACGACUAAAGAGAGCAGAGGCUACAGACCCUCAGGAUAUCUUCAACAGACCUUGCACAGAAUCUCUUCAGCUGUCUGGAGAGAGGGAGGAGAGGGAGUUUCUAACAACAGGCUGUGACUACAACAAGCCAGCAUGUUUGGUUAAGGUGGGGAAGAAUGUGACUGAUUGAUGCCGGUGCUGUGAACCAACAACUUGCAAUGAAGAUACAACGCACUGUACUUUAUGUCUUUGUUGCUCCACUAACUUGAUGCGUUGUGCCACUUUAGAAAGUCAAUUUUGGAAGAUGUAUUGGUCUUUUACAGCUAUGUCAAAAUUGUAUUGUGGUUGUAGAGAAAAAAACAUGACAGUGACCAAAAUAAGUUGGUUAGUGAAAUGUAGUUAGUUUCCAUGGACUGCUUUGUUUUACAUAUGCACAGCACAUGCACACACACAGACACACACAGAAAUACACACACACACACCAGUCUGACCAGUAUAGUCUAGCUAGUUCUGCUGGCUGACCAGCAAAGUCUAGCUAGUUAUGCUGGAAGACCAGCAUGGUCUAGCUGGUCUGACCAGCAUGGUCUAGCUGGUUAUGCUGGCAGACCAGCCUUCGUUGUGUUUUCACUGAUGACCUACCUUCAUUGUGUUUUUGCUGGUGAUCAGCCUUCGCUGUGUUUUCGCUGGCAGACCGGCCUCUGUUGUGUUUAUGCUGGUGACCAGCCUUCGUUGUGUUUUCGCUGGUGACAAGCCUUCGUUGUGUUUUUCGCUGGUGACCAGCCUUUGCUGGGUUUUGGACACUGGUGAUCAUUGAAAAACAUGCUAGCAGAUACCCAGAGACAUAGAAAUGGUAUCCACAAGUUCAUCUGACUCUGGGGAAGUAGAUGAAGGGCCUCAUUGCCAAAAUUCUCACGUAUCUCUUUAACUGAAUUGUUCGAAACAAGAUUCAUGUUAGAAAUGAGAGGAUCGUCCAGAGUCGAGGUCAUGUGGGAAACACUCCCAGCAACAAGCAAAUGUGUGCUUCCCCACCAUAGACCAGGGUUAAAAUCCGACUCCACCCUUAAUGCUAUGUGUCUGUCUAAGUAAUACAAAAAAUACUAAAUGUAGAGUGGAAUUCCACUCUCCAUAAAAUUAAUGAGAGGUUUUUUAGUGCAGGACUUAAAUUAACACAGUGUUGUAAAAUAACCCCUUGGUGUUAAUAACCAGAGUUGAGCGUGAUUGUAUCCUUUCUACUCUGUAGUAAAACAUUGACACUCAAAAUCACGACUAUCAUAUUUCCCAGCAUGCUUUAUUGCAGGUAUAUUUUUUUGAAUUGUUGGUUUCAAUAUCUGUGUUUUUGCAUGCACGUUGACUGAUAAAUGGAUUGAUUGAGUAAUCUUAUGCUGUACAAAGCUAAAUAACAUACCUUUUCCUAAACUAAUCCAAUCCAUUAGCAGUUGGACUUAUUGCACCCUUUACUGAGAUGGUUGUUCCAGUUUAAAUGGUUUAGGUGGCUCCCUUUUUGUAAGCCCGCACUCUCCCUCAGAUAUCAUAUUCAAAACUGCAAACAUUUCUCUCCACCCUAUGGAAAAAUGUGAAGAUUUGCAGGAAAUUAGCUGUAAAAUUGUGAAAUCUUCUAUACUCCCAAUGGAAAAAUAUGUAGAGUGGCAAAAAAUUAUUUCAGGAAAUUAACUUCCGUUUUUUUUCUUCUGUCCAGCAGGGACACUAAAAUGUUAGGGCCGGCUCUGACUGCAUAUGUGGGUAUGGAUGUGGUUACGCAGACCCUUGAGCCACUGUGGGCCCCUCAUGAUGAGUUCAGAUUUUUUUGUGGCCCCCAACCCAAUCAAAGUUGCCCAUCCCUGGUUUCGGUAGUCUCCUUUGUCCAAUUCUCCCUACCUUGGCAGUCAUUCUAAAUGCAGGUUGCAAAUUCCAAGUACAUUCUCCACUUCCUGCUUGAAUUCGAGAAUUGAAUUUGAAAUAGAAUUGGAAUUGACCCCAACCCUGCUGGUCACCAGCGAAAACACAAUGAAGGCUGGUCACCAGUCUGUGCUGGUCUAUGCUGGGUUUUUUUCAGCAGGGUUGUUGUCUCUUUAUGACUGUUUAUCUGAAAACAAAGGUGGAAAACUUCCUAGUAACUCUUUGUUUUGCACUUGUAAAGUCCCUCAGUCCUACAAAAUAAAAACAACAUCUCUUCCAGGUGACAUCUUUGAACUUAUGAACCUCAAAUGUACGGAUUGCGCCUUUUAAAAUAGUUCUGGUUUUGUAUACCAUGUAGACUGUAAUGUGUUGUCUUAAUGGCAUUCUAACCUGCCACUCACUAUGCACCUCAGUGCCAUUUAUGUUAUUAAUGUGACCAAUAGGACAGUACAGUUUUUAUUUGUGUUCACUGUGCCACCUGCCAACACCUUCAUGUAAGGCUCCUUUGUGUACAUGUACAGUUGACUGUGUAUAAUACAUAUUAAACUAAAUAUGAUCUGA